UGUGCUUAGUGGACAAGGCAAACUGUUUCAGAGGAGCAACCAACCUUUAUGUUGAGGUGAAGCAAGUGUCCAUUCAGCACCACCAGCCGCACAGAUGCAGGUGGUGGCCACGAAGGAUGACCAAAAGAGGAGGAUGCCUGUGCUUGAAAAGAACCGACGACUUAUUAAUUAUAACGUCUCUCAAGUUUGAAGCAUUUGGUGGCAGCACUCUAGAAGCAGGUGGGCGCAUGUACAGGAGACCGACUUUCAGUCAGUGACGCCGAACUGCACAAGCUCUCUUACAGCCUUAUUUACACGCUAGACUACCGUGAAUUUCGCAAAUAUUCAUGCGAUUUCCACGUUUUAAUUUUUUUGCGCACCACAAGAGAAGCUUCGCGUCUGCACGCAAAGAAAUCCGUCAUGAACUCUAAAAGCAGGCACUGAGACAAGACAGAGAUGCCGAUGUCCUGGAUGCUCCGCCACCUCUUCCUGGCUUGGACCUGUCUCUAUGUCUGUGGAGCUCCUGUUCUUCUGCCAAACUUCAAUCGCACGCAAGACAGCUCAGUAACAACUCCUGGGUCAACACACAACACAGACAUAGAGUCUGUACCCCCAGAUAAGGAGCAUGUUAUUGGCUUCUUAGUGAAUGUAGGUGCAGGAGGAGGGACUGGCCCACAUGGAGGACCUGAGGGGACAGAUUCAGUGACGCACACAGAAAAUGAGGACAGCCUUGAUGGAAGAUAUGGACUGAACGAGUCGGGUGGAGAGGCAUGGAGCCAAAGGAGCAAGGUUAAGAAGACUGAGAGCACGUCUGAGAUGAGAGAUCCAGAAAAUGAGGACAUAUCAGUUGACUACGAGCCUUUAAGUCCUACAGGUGGAAAAGAACAGCUGGACGUUGAUAUGAGUACCUCUAAAUGGACAGCAGAGAGAUUACUGGCCUCCACUACAUCACCACUACAGCUGGAUGCAUCAUAUAACCAAAACAGCAGACCAAGUGAAAUGGACAGGACCAAAUCACAGAUUUUUUAUUCCAUCCAGGAUGAAAUCCAAGAAAAAAGCUUGCAAUCUUCCACAGAGCCUCCAAAUCCCUACACUUCCCUCUGGACCCAGAAACUGACCUCGGACAGUGCCAUCCCUCCCUUUAUGUUUCUCACCUCUCGGACCUCCACACCUUUGACAAUUUGGGGCCACAAUGUAGCCACUAAAUCAUCUCUUACAGAUCCUGUUUUACCUGAAAUUGGUCCAAACUCGAUGCCUAGAGAUGAUGGCUUGGAAAGCCUUUGGACAGAAGCAACAAAGCCUGCUGAAGACACAGCAGUCCCGCUGUCUCAAGACGAAGCUACAGACGCCACCAUGUCAUCAGAGGCUCUCCCUCUCAUCUUUGAGCCUUUUGAGGAUGUCACAGUAGACGGGGCAGCAGCCGCCCAUGUGCCAGGCAGCCCUCAGCCUCCUGGUGCCAUGGUGACUAGAGGGCUGUCUCUAUCAGAGGUGGAUCUUGACCAGCUGGUCACAGUGGAGACUGACAGCGAUGGUCCCUCACGCGACCCAUCCGUCCUUCUGCCAGACUGGACGUCACCUUGGCAGACAUCUGGCGCAGAGCUUCUGGAGCCAGUCAUCGCCUCAGGUCCGUCUGUUUCACAGCGGCAAGCCGAAACACAGAAAGAUGUUGUGAGGACCUCAAGCUUUAGAGAGAACAUGCCCUCAACUGGGCCCUCCCUAUCAUCCCUCCAGUAUGCUAUGACAACAGUAACCAUGGCAACUCAUCAGCUUCCACACAAAUCCAGAUUUGGGUUGGAGGAGAUGGAGUCUGAGGAGGAGGCAGACGAGGAUGAGGAUGAUGAGAACUCUGAGGAAUCAUUGGAGGAAGAGAGUGAGGAAGACCUAACAGGAGCACCUAAAACAUGCUCAACACAGCCAACGUAUAGUCUAAUCCCUCCACCUCCUGUCUGGGUUCAACGCAACCAGGGACUGAUGCGUAGCUGGGUAGAGCUGAUCAGAGAAAAGGCUGGCUAUGUGUCUGGGAUGUUGGCCCCUGUAGGUAUCGGCAUCACAGGGGCCCUGCUGAUUGUUGGCGCCCUCUACAGCAUCAGGAUGCUUCAUCGCAAAAGGAGAAACAGCUUCAAACACCAGAGAAGGAAAGUCAGACAGCCGGAGCAACCUCGUGAGCCCGGCACCAGCCGCCAAGAUCAAGCCAUGCUCCUGGCUGACAGCUCAGAGGAUGAAUUCUGAGUUCGACUUUCUUGGGCCCUCGACGGACCCUCCAGUGAAAAACGGCUGGCAAACAACCCCAUUGCUAUGACAACCACAUCUCUAAACACCCUAACGUGCUAGGGUAUGACUCAUCUGAUCCACAGAAUAUUACUGAGUAGAGGGCACAGUUUGCACAGGCUGCACACAGGUCAGCUUUAUACCCCCUGUCUCUUUGAGGACAAAUGUGAGCACUUUUCUAAAUGCUGUCAGGUGAUGUUAGCUCAGUAUGUUUGUGGAGCGGAAAGAGGAUAUGAGGGACAAAAGGUGUUUUGUAAAGUCAUAAUUCUAAGUGAGAUUUUGUCUGUCUGUAUUAAAAAAAUAGUCUUCAUUAGUACAAAGAGACAAGCCUUAUGCAUUGUCUGACUGGAGAUGAUGGUACCAGAAUUGCUUAGAUACAUCAGCAUGGCCUUUAUGGAGAUCUUUGGAUGUUGUAUGAUCACUGAAAAAGACAAUUUAGGAAAACCUCUUGCAGCCUGCAGCAAAAUUAGUAAUUUAGCCACAAUAGACUAUUCAUUAAAUCAGUAAUCUGGAAUUGAAGAAGUUGAGAUAAGCCUGAUUGAGAGCAAUAUGACGUGUCUCGAGUGCUGCUGCAAGAGUCCAGACCUGAAUAACAACCAGAAUCUGAAAUCCCAAAAUGAUGGGCAUACCAGCCACUUGGAAAACUCUUAGCAUGUAUGCAAAAUAAGAUUGGUCCAAAAUAUCCCAGUGAUCAUGGU